AUGGACUUCAUUGAGGGUGUUUGCCUUAACGAUGUUUUUGGUGGGGGCCAUUCCAGACUUCUUAAGGAAGAAAUCCCAGAGACCAAUAUCGAAUACGUUUACAGACAGAUGGCAAAUAUUAUGUUGCAAAUAUUCGAGAUCAACUUCGACCGGAUUGGCAACUUGCCAACUCGGAAGACAAGAUUCGCUGCCCCUAGCCGGCCGCUCACGUGGAAGGCGCAUGAGAUUCUGAGGGUAGGAGACGUGAAUACAUUUGCAUUAGGUGUCUGGGCGCAUGAUCUCCAAUCCACUAGAAAAUACGUCGAAUACGUCAACAACCAAGACUGGCAGCAGCUCCUCUGUCAACCAAAUUCAAUCGCAGGGCCGCUGAGUUCAAGAUCGAGAUACGCGGAGUUGAACAUAUUGAAGUCUCUGAUCCCCGAAUCAACAAAUACAACCUACGACCGCGGCCCUUUCAAACUCAUACGUGAUGAUUUCGGCAUGGCAAAUGUGAUCGUUCGAAGUAAGGAUGACCUUACCAUCGCCGGCGUGGUGGAUAUCGAGUGGGUCUAUGCCGGACCAGCUCAAUUAUUUGGAUCUGCUCCCUGGUGGCUUCUCCUUGAUCGUCCUGUCAACGACGAGUGGGACUUCGAAGCGGGAGAGGCCCCAAAGGCUACUGAUCGCUACUUCAAAUGUCUCGAGGUCUUCAUACGCGUACUUGAGGAGGAAGAGACAAGAAUGAAAGAAAGCGGUCAGAGAGAACUCACUGAGUUGGUCAAAUGGUCCAGAGACGAAGGCGCUAUGUGGCUCCAUAUGCUCCUUUCCAGUGGCUUCUUUGAUGAUCUGACCUUUCCUUGUAUGCAGCUGCGAAAUUACAAGGGCGCGCAAUGGUGGGAUCAGUGUAUGAAGGAAUAUGGGCAUACAGAGGAGGUCGAAAAAUUUGUCGUUGAUAAGAUGAAGGACCUGGCAGCGUACGACGAGAUCAAGGAGAAGGUCGAGCACCAUAAGGUUCUCAUGGAUAACAAGGAAAUAUCCGCAGAGGAUUUCAUUUCCAGUGUGCUUUCCAUUCUCGGCCCUGCUGAAUAG